AUGUCCCCAGUCUCCCAGCCCUAUUACUCGCCAAGCUUAAAUCAUUCAACCGACCAGCAGCACAAUUAUCACUCUCAGCCUGCUUUCCAUCCUUCCGUGCUGUCUGGACAUUCUCAUCAUCUGCCAAAUAAGCACUUCCGCCAUGCUCAAGUCAUGCUGCCGCACCCACACUCGUCAGUUGCCAUGCCACCCGACAAUCAUCUGCCCUACUCGCGACCGGUCGCCUGCCUUCAGAGGUCAGGAGGUCAUCAGGGAUCAGGUCUGGCUACUUGUUCUCUGGGCACGCUGGCGAACGCCUGCACCGACAUCUUUAGGCCGAACUUAUCGUCCGAUGAAGGACAUCUUCAGGUAUCCUGUCUUCGGCCCAAUCUGACCUGCCAUGGGGAUUCGCGUCACCUUCAACUGCCCGCCAAACCGACUACUUCCCAUAACAACCUACUCACUUGCAUGGCGACUGGGCGACCCAUUCAGCAGCAACAAGAUCUUCAUGAGAUCUACACCACUCAGAUUCCGCAUCAAGCUUCUGGGCAGAUUCACCAGUUGCCGGGGACACCCAACAGCCCAGCUUUACCUCAACACUCCAACUUUUCUCAAUUGGUUGCCCCAAAUGCGGGUCCAUGCCUCUUAAACGACUGUCAGCAUCCUGCUCGACAAUACUCCACCUGGCAGCAAGAUUCCUCGUAUACAGCCUCAAAUUGCUUCAUGGCUUGCCGUGAAGGGGCAGAGACACUCUUUCCUCCAACCACUUCAACCCCCACGUCUUGUGACCAGGUUGGCCCGGCAACUGGCCAAAACUGGCCAACCAUACGUGCACCGACUAGUUGCGCCGGCAACAACCGUGCCGGGUUAAUCGGUACCUCUGGGAGUGCGGGUCAGUUUGCCUCCUUCUCAGCUUCGCCAUCGCCACACUUACGCCGAGCUGGUACCAGCUCGAGUUCAUCCCUACGGUCUGGUGAGUCCCGAGCUUCUUGGAAUCGGAGUUUAGACAACGACAGUGACAACAGACCUGUUGUUCCCUUGGCGCAGAUAAACCUAUGCUCUGCUACGUCAGGACUGCCCGGUUGCACAAAGUCGAGUCGACAUAUGACCCCUCGAUCGUCGGUAUCACGCUCCCGCAGCACUGCUCGCAAUCAGCUGUCCGAGAGCAGACAAACUCAAAUGUUGCCACUUCCAAAGAGUAAAUCGGGCCAGCAGGAGCCCAUUGAUUCGAGCCUCCUUCAUGUCACCUACAAGACCAACAAUGGCAUGGCUAGUCUACCACCGGCGAUGAAUGUGAACUGUGAAGGGCCCUUGAAACGGCACAAACCACCGGAUCUAAAUGGCUCGCAUUCACACACAGUUUCAUGUGCUGUUGAAGAGUCAAUCUCGCGGAUUUCGCCUGCCAUAAACCAAACGGAAACAACCCAUUUACGCCCUGAAGCCAUUGGUAAAGGUCGAGAUCUGUCGCCCUCUUUUGGUUGUCUGGGCGGUCGUGAAUGCGGCCAUGGAAGUGGAGGUGAGGCUUGCCGAGAUUCGGGCAUCUCAUCCUCCUCCUGCUCCAAAGAUAGUAGUCUGGCCUCACCCCUUGGCGACUGCGGCCUCAGGUCUGUAGAAGCAGGCAACGACAGUCACCACACUCUUUCCGAUCUGCAUAGACCAACACCGACGUCAACAUGGUCUUAUGAGUCGCAACAAGCGAUAGAGCAGUCCCAUCAGGAGUCUUCUUCAUCAUUUGAGCCGGAUGAACUUAUGCCCAUAGGGACGGAGAUAGAUAAGGCUGAUAGCAACGAAGACUCGAGAUUUCUGGAUGCCCAAAAUGCGAGUUGUGCUGACUCAAUUGCUGAGGGAGGUGACAACACGACAUCCAUUUCUGGGGUUAGUUCGUUGCCUCAACUCUGUCAAGUUGCCGGGCAACAGAGGAUCAGCAGCAGUUUGAAGCAGAAGGCUCGCGAGCUCUUCGCUGCAGUGCGCAGUCGUGAGGACAGCCUCGGUCGGGCCCAACAGCCAGACCGUGGAUUGAUGUCACCAAGAGCAACCACAAGUAGGACUUCGGCAGCAGCAGAGACAUUGGGAAUUGUGGCCAGCCAGAGAGGUAAUGGGCGUGGAAGUCGAUUACCAAUGCUUUCAGCCUCACUUUCUGCAUCCAGUUUUCCAGUUGCUGAGCUGUUUUUAGAAAGUCAAGAAAGUCUCCCCAACCAAAGAACGACCAAUUCUGGUCCUGCUUCGCACACUGGCCUUUUGAAGUCCCAGACUCUAGCCAAUGCAAUCAGAGCUCGUGGAUUUCGUUCAAAACAACAGUCUCUAAGUCAAGAAGAUGCUAUCUCUUCCGAGGAUAUUCGUGAAGAUGCUAACAGCCCAACCGAAGCAGAUAGUCCUGUCCUGCAACAAAUGACAUUUAGCGAUACUCAAACUGUUACGUGCAAUGGUGAACAAGUUAAAACAAAACUAUCAUCUCACAUCUCUUUGUCCUCUUCUCCCUCCUUGGCAUCAGCUUCAACCUUCACUUCCAACCUCAUCGCGCCUGGCAAUUCUACCGAAAGUGACGAAUUUCAUCCAUUCGGAAGACAGUCGGACCAUAUGGAUCCAGCAGGAAAGAGCCUGGACUCAGACGUUCCCUUAGUCUCAUUAAAAGAACGGCUUUGCCAGCAGUACAAAGAGGACAGAGAGCCUGUCGAAGCAUCUGCAUGCGUAUCGAACUCAGCUGGCUUGUCCUCUUCAUUGGAGAGGGAGGCUUCAGAUAAAACCCCUUACGACAACCGGAUUGAACGUCCUACAAGGAAACUAGAAGAGAAACUGAGUGCUGAAAGUUGUGCAAUUGAAGAACCUAUGCAGACUUCAUCCAAUCCCAAAGCACUCUUAAAGAAAAAUGAUUUCAGGUAG